AUGGCUAAACGACGAAAGAACAGGACACAUCUCAAGGGUGGCCAAAGGGACGAAGGCAAGUCGAGUGCCCCAAAAUCGUUCAUUAUAAAACACGGCCAUGUUGGGUCGUCGAUAACACAACUGGUGCGCGAUAUGCGCAAAGUUAUGGAACCUAAUACAGCCAGUCGCUUAAAGGAACGGAAUCGAAAUAAACUAAAAGAUUACAUGACGAUGGGACCGGCACUGCAAGUAACGCAUUUACUUGCUUUUAGAUUGACGCCUAUUGCUCCUUCGCUGCGCAUCGUUCGACUGUCCGACGGUCCUACGCUCAGUUUCCGUGUGGAACGAUACAGUCUCAUGAAAGACGUCCUGAAUACUGCUCGGAGAGCUAAGAGCAUUGGCAUGGAAUACCUAACACCACCUCUGUUGGUUCUCGCUUCCUUCCCUCAGCCUGGCCCAGGAACACCACCGCAUCUCCCCCUUGUAAUGAAAGCCUUCCAAUCAUUGUUCCCUCCUCUCUCACCACACACGAUCAGCCUCUCUUCUGCUCGCCGAGUCGUCCUCAUUUCAUACAAUGAAGAACGAGGCACCAUCGAUUUCCGACACUACUUGAUCAGAGUCAAGGCUCACGGCGUGUCAAAACGAGUUAGACGUGUUGUAGAAAGCGCAACCUCGUCUUCCAAACCCGUCAUAAACCUUGGGAAAGAGAAGGAUGUCGCCGACUUUUUGCUGAGGAGACGAGGGGAUCCUGGGCCGGAUGGUGGUUACGAGAGUGCUUCCUCGGCGGAGAGUGCGGUGGAGGAUGGAGAUAUGGUUAGCCUGGCGAGUGACUACGUCGGACGAAACAACAAAAAGGGAACCAAACGAGCAGUGAAGCUCGAAGAAGUCGGACCCAGAAUGGAACUGCGUCUGGUAAAGAUUACCGAAGGCGUUCCAGGCAAGGAGGGGAACGUGAUCUAUCACGAAUUCGUGAAAAAAACGAAGAAGGAAAUCGCCGAACAAAAAGCUGCUAUUGCAGAAAAGGAACGGCUUCGAAAACAACGCCGAGAAGAGCAAGAACGCAAUGUUGCGCGUAAAAAGAAGUCGGCAAACAAGAAGGGAGAUGACGACGCCAGUUCUGAUGACGAAGGCUCCGUGGAGGACGAGUCUGGGGGGGAGGGAGACGUGGAACAUGAGGUCGACGAUAUCGGUGAGUGGGAUGAAGAAGAAGAGAUCAGUGAAGGCGAGGAGAGCGAGGAUGAGCAAGACCUAUCGGAAGAAGAUAGUUCAGACGAGGACAAGCCUCCAGCAAAGAAGCCCAGGUUCCAUAGGAAACGGUGA